GAAAGAAAGAGCGCCAAAAAAUGAGAAAAGGAAAGGGAGACUGCAAAUCGUUUAAAUUCCAAAGGAUUCUCUGAUUCUCUCUCACUUCCUCUGUACUGUUGCACCUGCAAAAUGCAAACUUGAGCCACUAUGCUUCAUUACAGCUGAGAAAGAAAAGAAAAAAGGUGAAGAAAAUGAGCAGAAACAACGAUAGUGUUAGCGGUAGAGAUGGGCGGGUGGGUUUGAUAUUUGACGAGCGGAUGUGUAAACACUACGCUCCUGCUGAAGAGGAUCAUCCUGAAUGCCCUAAUCGGAUUCGGGUCAUCUGGAACCUCCUCGAUUCUUCUGGCCUCGCCAAAAGGUGUAUUAUUUUGAAAGCCAAGGAUGCAGAAGAUAAUCAUUUAGCCUUGGUUCAUACCAAAAAGCAUAUCAGUUUGAUUAAGAAUAUUAGUUCCAGAAACACUCAAUCAAAGAGAGAAAGAAUUGCUGUAAAAUUUGACUCUAUAUAUUUCAAUGAGGGCUCAACUGAAGCUGCUUGUCUUGCUGCUGGCUCUGUCAUAGAGGCUGCAGAAAAAGUUGCUAGUGGAGAAAUUGAUUCGGCCUUCGCUAUUGUGAGACCUCCUGGCCAUCAUGCUAAGGAAGGUGAACCAAUGGGCUUUUGCCUUUAUAACAAUGUUGCUAUUGCUGCAAGUUAUCUUCUGAACGAAAGACAAGAAUUGGGGAUCAACAAAAUCCUUAUAGUUGACUGGGAUGUACAUCAUGGAAAUGGUACUCAAAAUAUGUUCUAUAAAGAUCCUCGAGUACUAGUCUUCUCAGUGCAUAGACAUGACUUCGGGACUUUCUAUCCAUCUGGUAAUGGUGGCUCAUAUAUCAUGACCGGGGAAGGGGAAGGUGCUGGUCACAACAUUAAUGUCCCUUGGGAGCAUGGCCAGUGUGGAGAUGCUGACUACCUUGCUGUUUGGGACCACAUAUUGAUCCCCGUUGCUAAGGAAUUCAAACCCGACAUUAUAAUCAUCUCUGCCGGAUUUGAUGCAGCCAAAGGGGAUCCUUUGGGGGAAUGUUGUGUUAGUCCAAAUGGUUACUCAGUUAUGCUCCACAAGUUGAUGGAGUUUGCUGGGGGAAAGAUUGUUAUGGCACUCGAAGGAGGAUACAAUCUGAACUCAACAGCAAGUUCUGCGCUGGCAUGCGUUGAAGCUUUGCUUCACAACAAGCCUCCUAAUGUGGUGUCGGAGGCUCGCCCUUUUGCUUCAACGUGGCGCGUGAUACAACAGGUAUGCGGAGUGUUAAGGCCGUAUUGGCCAGUACUUGCACGUAUCGACAACAAUCAUCCGACUGAAUCAGAUCCAGUGACCUCUCCCCACGUUCCAGAGAAAGGUCUUUUACGCCCUUGUAAUAUGUCAUCUAUAAAGAAAUCUACGGGUGGCGAAGCUGACUCCCUCCAAACUCUCGCUGGCGAUAUUGGAAGCGGUGCUGGUGCCGAUAAGCCUGCUAAUUUCCCGCGUCCUCUCCGCGACUUAACCGGUGCUGAGUGCCAAGCUCAGAUGGAAGCUCAAAUUGCUUCCUCUGGUUUAAAAGAGAUGGAUGAUAUGGAUCCGGAGAAAUUUGCGGAUGCCCUCUGUUAUGCCGCCAAAGUGGAGCGUGCGCGUGCCCGGAAACUUGCUGCGGUGCGGAGGCUUCGCAGUGUUGCAGCGGCGCUGAAGGCAAAGGCAGCUGAACUAAUGACGGCGCUGGAAGAGGAUCCCCUCGCAGCACAGGAGACGGCAGCGCAGUUGAAGGCUGAGAGAGAUUACCUUAAUACCGAGCUGGAAAGAGUUAAUGCUGCAAAGGCCGAAGAGCUUGAAGCCGCUAAACAGGCCCUCACCCAAGCCUUCAGCACUCGUUUUCAGAAGGCCAAAACUAGGUGGCUUGCCGAGAAGGAGAAUGCCUAUAUUUUGGGCAUGAAGGAAUGUAGAAGCCAAUUUUUCCUGACGGCUCGGGGCCACCAGUUUCUUCGGAUUAUGCUGGAUGAUACUCUGGAAGCCUUCUGCCGCACCCCCGAGUCCUUGGAUGUGCUGGGUCCUGGUAUGGGGCAUCUUAUCAACGAUGUAUGCACUCUGUUGAUGGAUCAAAUCGGUGCUACGCCUGAACAACGAGCCUUAUAUGAUUUCCAUCAGAUAGUGGAUAGUGUCGAUGCUGAGGGCUUGGAUCGUGUUUUGGGCAUCGAUUCUGAAGCUCCGCGGACACCGGCCUGGUGGGUUCCAGUGGUGGACAAGGCCCUUAAACAGUUUGUUGAGGAAAUCUGUGCUGACGCUUUGCCUACCUCCCCGCUGCUUCGCACUCCCUACCUCGAUCGUCUCCAAGCUGCGGCGACGAGGUUGAAUGCAGAAGCCGCUGCGGGUGAACCUCUGUUCUAUCCUCGCCCUCCCGCCGGUGCAAUGACCGGUGCUGCUGCCAUGGAACUCCAAGCCUCGGCGACUCAUGAGUCAUGAUCAUGAUCAAUUAAGAGAUGCUAUGUUAUGUUGACUAUGUUAUCCAAUGUAUAAUCCAAGUUUCUCUUGAUUAAAUAUGAUAACCCUGCACAGCUGAUGCCACCUACUUCGUAAUUUAGAGUUUUUGCUCGAUCAAGU